UGAGUCGCGAGCGUUAAGGUUACGUCAGUAGUUUGAUAAUUGAUUACGAAGGCGCAUGAGGUAUGAUAGCGAGCGUACGAAAUGCUGCGCAGUUUUAAUUAUUUUAAUGUGUAAGAAAUAUGUAAAGCUUAAUCAUGAUUUUAUUCUAUUUAACAAGUACUUAUCGCAGAAUUAACUCAACGACAUCGAAAUAUUUCCAUUUAUGCUUGAUUGUGCAAGCUAUUGUUUUCGUCGCAAGCAAUGGAGAAACUAACCUCGACGAGGCAACCAACAAUUUUCACAGUGAAAUUAAGAAUGAAAGUAAAGAUAAAGGAAAAGAUUCUAAUACGAUAAAUUUUCGUAAUGAAUUUGGUGGGGAGGAGGCUAGACAAUCGUCAAAUUUAUCGAAAAUCAUGGAUUCAGCUGGAGGGCGUUCUCUCGUCGAUAAAAUGUCCAAAGGGUCUGGAAAUACAUAUUCUACUACUAGACCAUUCGGUACAUCGACGCAAAUUUUUAUUAAAGACGGCAACUCAUCCAAUUUGCCUGUAAUUAUACAGAGCAGCGAUAUAAUAAAUGUAACAAAUAGUAGCACAACGUCUGUAGCACCAGCUCUUGCCGCCGAGCCUGUAUUACCCGACAAGGGCUCUGCAGAAGAUGAGCACAAUAGUUCGAUGUCGAUAUUCUUUGUCCUCUGUGUAUUAGCGUUGGGAAUUCUACUGAUACAUUUAAUGUUACAAACUAAUUUUCAGUAUUUGCCCGAAUCGGUAGUUAUAGUUUUCCUAGGUGGGGCUAUAGGAAUGUUUAUUAAUCUAAUGUCCCAUCAAAAUAUUGCUAAUUGGAAGAAGGAGGAAACUUUUUCACCGACAGCCUUUUUCUUAGUUCUAUUACCACCGAUAAUCUUUGAGUCUGGAUACAAUUUGCAUAAGGGCAAUUUUUUUCAAAAUAUCGGAAGCAUAAUGGUAUUUGCCAUAUUCGGUACAGCUAUCUCUGCCUUUGUUAUUGGGGCGGGUAUUUAUCUUUUAGGAUUAGCGCAAGUAGCUUACAAAUUAAGUUUUGUUGAAAGUUUUGCCUUUGGUUCUUUAAUAUCGGCCGUAGAUCCUGUAGCUACCGUGGCUAUUUUUCACGCACUCGAUGUUGAUCCAGUUUUGAAUAUGUUAGUGUUUGGAGAAUCAAUAUUGAACGAUGCCAUAUCUAUAGUCCUAACCAAUUCUGUAUUACAAUCGAACAAUGCUGGAACAGCGAGCGAAGCUAUUAUCUUGUGUAUAAAUAAAUUUUGUUUAAUGUUCUUUGCCUCAGCUGGAAUUGGAGUUGUUUUUGCAAUAAUUAGCGCCUUACUUUUGAAGCACUUCGAUCUUCGUAAAAAUCCAUCUUUAGAAUUUGCUCUUAUGCUGGUUUUCACUUAUGCACCCUACGUUUUAGCCGAAGGAAUACAAUUAUCGGGAAUUAUGGCGAUUCUUUUCAACGGAAUUGUUAUGUCUCAUUAUACGCAUUUUAACCUUUCGACCGUCACACAAAUAACAAUGCAGCAGACAAUGAGAACUCUGGCUUUUAUCGCUGAAACAUGUGUCUUUGCCUAUCUGGGAUUAGCAUUAUUCAGUUUUCGACACAGAGUUGAACCAGCAUUAAUCAUUUGGUCCAUAAUAUUGUGCCUUGUGGGAAGAGCAGCAAAUAUAUUUCCUCUUGCGUUACUCGUCAAUCGAUUUCGUGAACAUCAAAUUACUAAAAAAAUGAUGUUCAUAAUGUGGUUUAGUGGAUUACGUGGCGCUAUUUCUUAUGCCUUAUCACUGCAUUUGGAUUUUAGCGAUGAAACGCGUCAUGUGAUUAUUACGACAACCUUGAUUAUAGUUCUCUUCACGACAUUGGUUUUUGGAGGAUCGACUAUGCCAUUAUUAAAGUUUAUGCGAGCUGAAAAAAAGCCAAGAAGCAGUAGACAUAAAAGACGAGAGAAAGAAAUUUCACUUAGCAAAACGAGAGAAUGGGGUCAGGCAAUCGAUUCGGAACAUCUAUCUGAAUUAACGGAGGAGGAAAUGGAAGUUUCGUUUUUUCAAUCGCGUAUUCGUGGUUUUGCUCGUUGGGAUCUGAAAUUUUUCAUUCCUUUUUUUACACGUCGCUUUACGCAACAGGAACUGAAAGAUUGCAAAUCUCAAAUGACAGAUUUGACAAAUCAAUGGUAUCAGGCUGUCCGUAUCAGUCCAUUAGAAUCGGAUGACGAUGCUGCAACUGUAUCUUCGCAAAUUCAAAACAAUGAUAAUCCAUUCUCCGAUAAUAUAAUGGAGACUCGUGAUAAAAAAUCUAAAGAACGUACUAGUCAUGGUUCUAUAUUAAGUAUCUAAUACUCGAUCACAUUCUUUUCUACGUGUGAGAAGAAUUUGACAUGGGUUAUUAGGUGCCCGUCCAUUAGUCGUAAGGACUCUCUGCUGUUGUAACUUUUAGGAGUUGGAUAGGUCCGUGGUUCUUGGCGAUGAUAUUAUCCGGAUUCUGAAGAGCAUGCCUC